AAGUAAUUUAUUCCCAUUCUACUUUAUCUUUUUAGUUACGGUUACUUACAACACUAACGGUGGAGACGAGGAGCGGAGAUUGAUGAAGACGGUGCUAAGUAAAAGUCGAUGAAAAUUUUAACUCAUCAGAGAUGCCCACCAGUCAUGGUCCUGUGCUGUCCACUCAGCCCUCGGCGAGAACGGGAUCUGCCACGCCCACUUCCCUUUGAAGUGUCCCGCAUGUGAUCAGUGGCGCCGCCACGCUCCGUUCUGCCAUAUCUCCAUGCUGGGUUUCCAAGGAGACAAGUAGCAGCACUUCACCAGGGGUUUCAGCCCGUGCUACUUUAAAAAACAAAUUACCUUCGAUCGACCACCGUGAAGGGCAUUAUCGCCUACCACAGCUUGCAGGCUGAUGUGAUAGAAAUUGGUUGGCCGCCACUGCUUCCAGUUGGCUGCACACACAGGUACACGGCGGUGCACAGGUGAGAGGCAGGACACAGUUAUAUCCACGUGAUUCUGGCUUCAGCAUUCUGCCAGAGAUGACGAAAGAAAACAGUUGCACUGGGAAGACUGUCACAACGGCUGCAAGGAACCUGACGUGGGACCAUGCCAGGCCGGGUGUCGCUGACCUGCGCCGGUAACCCCGUCACAGACACCCGCCUACCCACCUACCCGCCUACCCGCCAGCAGCCUCGGGAGGAACCAAGACACCGGAACACGACGAAGUGAAGCUUUGCAGAGCACACACGAAGAAAAUUCAGGUGGGCGCCGUUAUGUUUGGGAACGCCACGCCGCCAGACAGUGUCGCACGUCCCCUCACAGGUGAAAAGGCUACGCUAGCCUUGGUGACCGUCGUCCUGUCCCUCACCGCCGUGGUCAGCAACAGCCUGCUGGUGUACGUGGUGGUGCGGACGACAACCCUCCACACCUCCACCAACGUCUUCAUCGCCUCGCUGUCGGUAGCAGAGUUCCUGACGGGGUUGCUUGUCGUCCCCUUCGUGGGUGCUGCAGCAGCAACAGCGGCAGCCUCAAGCCCCUCGGCCUCUUCCUCCGGCUGGCCCUUCUCCUCCGGCGCCUGCUGCUUCUUGGCGGCGAUGGGGGUGCUGGGCAGGUGCGCGGCCAGUCUCAGUCUCCUCGUAGUCUCGGCCGACCGCUGCGUCGCCAUCAGCCGCCCGCUCCGCUACGCGUCCAUCGUCACCCAGCGGUCCACGGUGGUCGUGCUGGUGGUAGUCUGGUUGCAGAGUUUGCUGAUGGCUCUCCUACCACUGACUCGCUGGGGAAGAUACGCGUACGCCGAAGGCUUUGGGAUGUGUCUCAUGAGGAGUUCCUCGGGUAGCGACGAAGAAUCCUCCACGGAGGGUGCCACAGGAGCAGGCUCGGAGGUGCUGGUGAAGGAGACGCUUUGUACUUUCGCGCCGGCGGCGGCGGUGCUGGUCCUGAUGGCGGUCACCGUCCACCAGAUCCGAGGUCACCGCCGGGUGUUCGCCAUCGUGCCUAUUCCCGUGGCCGCCACCUCUCUGCCCGCCGGCACCUCCAGCAUGGUCACCGCGGCCUCAAGUACGUUCAAAGCCAUGAGAUCGCUGCUCCUCGUGAUCUUGGCCUUCUUCGUCCUGGGUCUACCCUUCGCCGUGGCAUGUGUGCUGUGCCAGACGGGACGGAAAUGCUCGCUGCCGGCACCUCUGCUGCGGUCGCUGCUGUGGCUCUCCUUCCUAGGCGGCAUCGUCAACCCUAUCCUCAUCAUGGCGCUCAACCGCAAGUUCCGUGCCGCCCUGCGCGCGCUUUUCUUCUGCGGAGGUUGUCGCAUUCUCAGAGCCAUCAAAGGACUCGAAAAGGACCCCUUCGCCCUUUCCACCGGUCUUCACACCGUCAUGGAGACCACUCUAGUGGUCAACAUGAUUCACGGGGUUUGCAGGCGCGAUGCCAACAUCUGGCGGCAGGUGGUCAUGAACCCGAGCGCCAGACCAGAGUUGCUUGUGCCUCCCGCGCCUCGACGUGUCGGCAUCUUGACGUUACGGAAAACGCGGUCAUCCCCUGAAUGUGUCAACUUUGGUGCUGUCCACAUGUGACAGGGGAUGACAAAAGCCAUCACAGAAAAGCCAGACAAUGACAGCACUACGUCUUCGUAAACCACGCGUUACAUCGUUCUGCGCAACAAAAAUAUGUGAUUCAACCAUAACAAAGCAACAUUCCUUGUACUGACAAGACAAGCUCUGGGGUGGAACCCAGAAGGUUGGGAGACCCAGACAGACAUGGAAGAGAUCGGUCCACAGUGAGGCGGAGGCAGCUGGCAUGACAUGAUCCAAACUGGAAAGAGACCCUCAGAACCGGGUCCGAUGGUGUGGUGUAGUUGCGGCUCUGUGCCCCAGUAGGGGGUGAAUAGGAACAAGAAGAAGAAGAUUCCUUGUAUACCUUCGCAUGGAAGAUUAGUUCCUUGCAAUAAUCUGUUUACACAUACUUUAUGACCUUUAACACAAGUUCAAUGCAUUUUUCAUCAUUCUGGGUACAGUUUCCCCGAAAUGUGUUACUUGACAUAAAGUCCUUAAGUAAACUUAUGCAAAAAAAGAUGUCAACAUUCUGAGAAAUGAAAACCAUUUCAGAUAAUCCUACCACGAUUUACAACCUUGAGCAAUGUUAAAGACAAGACGUAUGCUAUGCACGUAUUUAUGCACCUAUCUCUGUAAAACAUGUUUACAGCAAAGGGAAAGAAUGAAAACCAGUUUUCCUCUCACAGAUAAAACUACCAAACACACAUUCAAACACUGAAAUUAAAUGUCAGACGAGUCACUGAGCUGAAUUAGUUGUAGUUUGUUAGUCGUUUAUUUUACAUUCGCGACCUGAUGAGGGCAGAUUUCGAACAUCUUUAUUGAUAAGCCCUGCAGCCCAUUUCAAGGAGAGAAGUGAAUUUAAAAGUAUAUCGCUAGUGCAACUAAGUUAGAUAUAACAGACAAUUACAAUGAUUAUAAUAAUGAUGUUAAUAAUAAUGAGGAUGCCAUUAAAAUACGAAAUAAACAAUAAAUUAAUUAGUA